AUGCGGAUAAACGAAAAUAGUGCCGACUUCCUUCACCGGCAGAGGCUAGCAAUUGCAGAAAAUGUUAGUGUAGAGAGAGAAAGUAACGGCGGAGAGAGAGAAGUGAGAAGCGAAGGAAGGAGACAGAGACUAGACGGAGUCAAAGAUGGGGAAGAAAAAGGCAAAAGCUUUGCAGCAAACGAGAAAAUAUUAAGCUGUGAUGCGAUGUGGGGAGUUGUACCUUUGCCUCCUCUGUGCCUGCAAGCCCUAGCCAGCGAAGGAGAAUGCGAACUGAGAGAAGAAGCCGCAGCCGUACCACAGAAUCGACCCCAUCCCUCCUCUCAAAACGGCGUCGUGCUGGUGGGCAGCUUCAAAUCAUCGAAAAGAAUUGCGGUGGCGGUGGUUGACGCUAAUACCAUAAUCCAGGGCGGCGGAAGGCUCUUCCACUCCGCCAAUCGAUUAGUCUCCGCCGCCGAGGUCAUCGGCGAAAUUCGCUCAGGAAAUCGAAGAGAUACCGCCUCAAUAGGAGAUUUCUUGAAUGGAAAAGGAUAA